UGAUACAGAAGCAUGUUUGAAUGAUGUCUCUUGUGUUCGUCUCACUAAACAAACAAAGGUCACUGAAAAGAGGGCAGAUCUUUCCUUCCCAGGAUCCAACUUGGUAUUUCCCAUCACACCCACUAAUAAACAAAACAAAAUAGUCAAGUUAAAUACAGUUCACAUCAGCCCUUUGAUUGGCUGCUCUGAGUUGCCACGAAAUCCAGUGGUCAUGUGGAUCCGCAACCCACAUCAUGUGUCUCAGUGGCUCAACCAAAACAAAUCUAAAUCUCUAAACGUUGCUAAAAAAGAGUUAGUCUGCCUUCCAUCUUUUCAAGUGACCAAGUCAUCAAUGGUGACAGGUGAUGAAAUCAUUGACUGGCAGGUUCAGAGGGGUCAGCCGAACCUUCAGAGAAGGUAUAAUCUUCUUAAGAGAAAGUGGAGAGGUAGAAGCUCUACACUAGAGGGUGCUGGCACUCCUCAACAAGCUGAGGAUCGGUGGGUGGGCAUAGGCUUUAAUCCCAUUCCCAAAACCACCCCACAUCACCUCUCCUGCAGCUUGCUGUCCAAAGAUACUAAAUGUGGAUCAUUGGAUCAGAAACUGCCAGGGGCGCCACCCCAACACGCAGCUCUCAGACGUGCACUCUGCAGCAGUUUCACAGGAUUGCACCCGCUCUCCAUUCCACUUGGCCCAUUCAAUGAAAAUUAAUUGUGACCUAGUGGGUGGCUUUUUCCGAGUUUACCAUCCUCUCUCACUUUGGCUGCUAUCUGUCUGCACCAUAGGAUAAGCAGUCUACCUAUGACAAAAAUGUCUAUUCAACUGCUAGAGCCAAAAAGGAGGGAGGGAUGGGUAAUAAUAAUGCCGUACAAUACAGGUUAAGUUUGUCAAAUCACAAUAUAUAAUGUGCUAUUAAAUAUAUUAUUUCCUAAUAAAUAUCCUCUAAUAUACAUAUCUUA